CUGACGCGCGGCCAGCGCCGUCCCCCCGGGCCGGGGGGCGUACGGGAAGGGGGGGGGAGAGGCGGAGCGGGGCCGCGGAUCCCUCCCCGCCCUCCGCACCUGCCCCGGCCCCGCGGAGGAGGGCGCGCAGCGGCGCGGGGAUGCGCGGCCCUCGGCGGCAGGAUGCGGGAGGGGAGCGCGGGCGGGCGCGGCGCGGAGAACAGGACGGGCGGCGAGUCCCCGCUGCAUCUCUUCCCCGCGCCCGUGCUCACCGGCAUCACGGUGGCCUGCGUGGUCCUCUUCGUCAUCGGGAUCUUCGGCAACCUGAUGACCAUGCUGGUGGUGUCGCGGUUUCGGGACAUGAGGACCACCACCAACUUCUACCUGUCCAGCAUGGCGUUCUCCGACCUGCUCAUCUUCCUCUGCAUGCCCUUGGACCUGUUCCGCCUCUGGCAGUACCGGCCCUGGAACUUCGGGGACCUCCUCUGCAAGCUCUUCCAGUUCAUCAGCGAGAGCUGCACCUACUCCACCAUCCUCAACAUCACCGCCCUCAGCGUGGAGCGGUACGUCGCCAUCUGCUUCCCCCUGCGCGCCAAGGUGAUCAUCACCAAGAGGAAGGUCAAGCUGGUCAUCCUCAUCCUCUGGGCCGUCUCCUUCGUUAGCGCCGGCCCCAUCUUCGUCUUGGUGGGGGUCGAGCACGAGAACGGCACCAACCCCCUGAGCACCAACGAGUGCCGAGCCACGGAGUACGCCAUCCGCUCGGGGCUCCUCACCAUCAUGGUCUGGACCUCCAGUGUCUUCUUUUUCCUGCCUGUCUUUUGCCUGACCGUGCUGUACAGCCUCAUCGGGAGGAAGCUCUGGAGGAGAAAGAGAAAGAACAUCGGUCCAAACACGGUCAUCAGGGACAAGAACAACAAGCAAACUGUGAAAAUGUUAGUUGUGGUGGUAUUUGCUUUCAUACUCUGCUGGUUGCCUUUUCACGUAGGACGAUAUUUAUUUUCCAAAUCCUUUGAAGCCGGAUCCUUGGAGAUAGCAGUGAUCAGCCAGUACUGCAACUUGGUGUCCUUUGUCCUCUUCUACCUUAGCGCCGCCAUCAACCCCAUCCUCUACAACAUCAUGUCCAAGAAGUACCGAGUCGCCGCGUGCCGGCUCUUUGGACUCAAACCCCUUCCAAAGAAAAGACUCUCCAGCACGAAGCAGGAAAGUUCGCGUGUGUGGACAGAACCGAGCGUCACCACAUGACACGGCGUGCCAAGCACCAGAGCAUUGCUUUCCAGCAUUACCCAGAAAGCCAUAACGAAAGAGACGCGGGGCAGGAAACACAAAUGGAAAAGCAAAGCUGUACUUCUGUCGUCACCUGGAUUUGCUGAAAGACGUGACGCGGGCAGUUCAGGAUUUUCAAAAACUAACCAGGCCUUGAGAAUAUCAUAGGAGACACACGGUUACAGAAUUUGGCGACAGUCGAGUCAUACUUUGCUGCUGCUUUUGUCCAUACGAUUUUUUAAUGCAGGGGAGAUGCAGGUUUUCCCAUCUGGAACAGGCAAACGUAGCCCAGCUCACUUGAGAGUUUGUACGACUUCAGUAGCAGCUAAUUCAGGCUGAGUUAUUACAGAGCUAACUUCGGUUUUGCUGAAAAUUUGGCUAGCAUAUAGCCAGACCCUAAAGAGAGAAAAAAUUAAUUGCCUUUUUGGAGUAGCAAGCAGAGAUUUGAUACACUUUUCAUAAUCCAGAUUUUUAAACAAAGAUCAAAAAGAAAAGAAGACAUACAAAUGGAGAGUUUUUAAACACACUAAAACUAAAUGACCCUCAUGAAUAGAAAGGAAACA